UCUAAAUGGUGCUGAAUUUUUUCUCCAGCGAUCCGUUAAUAUUGGUCUAAGGAUCAUGCUUGAUCUAGCAGGAUUACUUCACAAAUGGGCAGUGGAAGAAAUGGGUUUUCGACUGAUGGGGCAACAUGCUGGGGGUAGAAUGCCCGAUCCAAGUGAUCUUCAAGAGCUGUGUCGAGGCCGAAAUGCUGAAAUUUGGAAUUAUGUUUUAAGACAUGUCUGGUCUCAGCAAACUAUAAGGCAGGUGAAAGGAAACAUUAUGCUAAAACAUGCUCGACUCAAGCAAACACUAACAUUUGAAGAAGAAAAGUUACAAGAGCAUGCUGUGGAUGAUCGAAGUAAACUAGAGUCGGAAAGGUUUCUCCUGAUGCAAGAGUUGUUGAAAGCUGAAGCAAAAAAACAACAUUUAGAAAAGUCAUUGGACCAUCUUCUUAAAGAUAUGAUGAAUUCAGAUAGAAGAGUGACAACUGCUCGAGACAAAGUUAAGGAACUUCAACAAACUUUGGUACUGGGAGAACUGUUUUCAGUUUCUGCUGUAGAGAAAUCCCAGGGUUUUCUUCAGCUUAGAAACCAGCUUGAUUUUAUUUUGACAGCACUGAAAGAGUCAUCAAGGGUAGACUGUAAGGAACUGUACUUGUGUCACAGUAUGCAAGAGCCACAUGAAGGCUUAGAAUCUGGCCUAGAAACUACUACUUCUAAUGAACUACGGGAAAUAACAGAAGCUAUAGAGAAGUUUCUUCAUAAACUCAGCGUAGGAGAUUUUACAAAUGACAGGGUUCUUCUACAUUCAGUGAAAAAGGAUUUGUGGCAGAGUGUAAAGAAAUUAGUAAAACAUCACCCAAAACAUAGAUUGCUUAGCAAUCUCAUUGCUCAUGCACAGGAGGCAAUUGUUUCUGUGAAGCAUCUCAUUGAAGAUGUCGAUGUCUUAAAGGAUGCUAGGAAAUUGAAAUACCAGCAGAGUGGUGUGGUCACUAGGAAGGAUGUUAAAAAUAGUUAUAACCUUCAUCAGACUGUGGGGCAGUUGCUUGAGACUGGUAGGGAAGCUCACAUACAAGGAUUUAUAGAGACUGAACGUCACCAACAAAAUAUAGCCAAGCUAGAGAAGCAGGUUUUAAAUCUAGAGAAAACUGUGGAUUCAAAGCUGAUGAAUACUAAAUAUGCUUGGGGAUCUGAAGAUGUACAUCAAACAAAAUUGUUAAUCCAGACUGAAGCUGAGUUGGCAGCAAAGAAAGAAUAUUUAUCAGCUGUUAAGAAGUCUGUCUCAGAACUUCAGUCUAAAGCUGUAGAGCUAAGUCAGAAGAAAGAAGAACUAAUGAUAAAGUUUGUACAGAUUCAGAGUUUUCAGAAGACUGUGGAAACAAAACAACAGCUGAUUAAGUUGCUGCUGAAACAAAGCUUAGAAGCUGAAAAUAGAAGUCAGAAACAACAGAAACAGAUUCAAGAGUUUAUAGAAGACACCCUUUUUACUGGAAAACCUUUGAUUGAAGAAAAAGUAAACCAACUUGAUGGGUGGGUAGGAAAAGAAAUGAAUCUGUUUCAGUCUCUUACUCUACCUCGUCUUUUAACCAUUUCUUUACAAAAUUCCCAGAGAGUACCAAUGGUUGACUUGGCAAUUAACAGGUUCUACCAUGAAGUUGGACACUGCAGCCACCAGGAUAUGAAACGUGUAAUGACUGCUCUUGAUUGCCCUACAUUUUUGGGCACAGAUUUACUUUUAAAGAAAGCCAUUUUACUGAAAAGUGUAAUAGCUAAAAAAAAGGCAAAAUGUGAUAGUCAGAUUUUCUUGCUAGAAAAAAUGAACAAAAUGAAACCCCAGAAAGGUUCAUCAGAUUACAUAAUGUCUGAUGUAGCUCAGCAAGUUGAAGCGAAGGAUAAGAAGUUGAUUGAGAAACUGCUUCCUGUUGUACUGGCUCGAAUCAUUGCUGCCAAUAGUGGAAUAUCAGAGUGUUCUAGAAUUCAGGAGAGAUUGCAUGACUGGUGGGAGCAACCAGGUCAAUUUGCUCUUCCCAAUAACAUGGUGGAAGGAAGAAGUCUUCAGCAGUGGUUACGCUUAUGGACUGUGGCGGCAUCUAAACUAAACAAGGUGUCUUGUAGUAAACGGUAACUUGUGAACCA